AAAUUAAUAUAUAAAAGUAAAACUAAAAUAUUUCCAACGUUAAAUUUAUUUUCCUAUAAAUCAACCAAUCAGAGGGUAAUCUGGCGGAUAAACUUCUACUUCUUCUUUUUCUUCGAUACUUAUCAGAAUUUAUAAAUGAACGAGACUCAUCGUACACUUUAGUUCAGUAAAAUACUUCACGUGUAUUAAAACAUCAUAUCUUUAUCGUGAAAGAUCGUAUUGACGAUUAUGACAAUGUCAAUGAUGCUUCACUUUCAAUAAUGACGUCUCACUAAAACCAAUCAACAGGAAGUGAAUUAUCCAUUAUACGAAGAAGGAAACAAAAAGAGAAGGAGUCAGAGAGUGAGAGAGAAAGAGAGAAGAAGUAUUCGUGUUUCUAAACGAUAUGGAAGUAGGAAAGGGAAUGAGUUUGACUCAUCAAGAGGAAACACGUGAAGCACAAAGAAGACUUUGUCAUCAUGGAAAUAUCACAAAGAACGGAUGGUGUCCAAUGAUAUGGGAUACGAUACUUUGUUGGCCUUCAACCCCACCAGGAGAAUUAGCAUCCCUCUAUUGUCCUGAUUACAUCGCAGGAUUCGAUUCUCAGUCAAAUGCAACGAGACAAUGCAUGCCUAAUGGCGAAUGGUUUUGGAGAUUCGACACCAACAGCACUUGGGGCAAUUAUUCGCAAUGCUAUCCUACACCACUAGUCACAAUUGUAAUGAACAUAACCGGUGUUCAUUCGAACAAUAUCACUCUUAUCAAGAAGUAUCUUCCCAUACUGAAAACUAUUUCUAAAGUUGGAUAUACGGUAUCCUUCUUCACCCUGGUUAUUGCAUUUUUCAUUCUUGCUAUUAUUAAGAAAUUGAGAUGUCCAAGAAAUAUGUUACACAUGCACACAUUUUUCUCAUUCAUGAUGCGAGCAUUUAUGGCACUCUUAAAAGAUACCCUAUUCUUAAGUGGAAUUGGUCUUGCUUCGGACAUCAUAAUUAAAAACAAUGAAAAAUAUUGGAUAUUCGAUGAAACAGAAACCAAUUGGCAUUGCAAACUGUUCACCAGUUUUUGGCAAUAUUUUAUAUUAGCCAAUUACUUUUGGAUCCUUAUGGAAGGACUUUAUCUUCAUAAUUUAGUAUUCUUAGCAUUAUUCGCUGAUGCUAAUUCAAACAUAAUUGCUUAUGUUUGUUUAGGAUGGGGAUUACCAGCAAUAUUUGUAACUGGUUGGGUUAUAUCAAGAACUAUACUUGAAGAUACUUUGUGUUGGACAACUAAUGAAAAUCCAUAUUUAUUUUUAUGGAUUCGAAUACCAACGAUGCUUUCCAUAUUAAUUAAUUUCGUUCUUUUUGUCAACAUCGUACGAGUAUUAUUGUCCAAAUUAAAAUGCACCGUAUCAGAAGAAACCCAAAGAUAUAAACGAUGGGCAAGAAGUACUCUGGUUCUGGUACCACUUUUUGGAGUACAUUAUACAGUUUUUUUAGGUAUGUCAUACAGUAUGGGAAUCGAUGAAAAGGUUGAAAUUAUCUGGCUAUUUUGCGAUCAAUCUUUCGCUUCUUUUCAGGGUUUUUUUGUAGCAGUCCUUUAUUGUUUUAUGAACAGAGAAGUUAGAGCAGAAGUUUCAAGGGCAUUGAGAAAUUACAGAUGUCCACGUUUUCGUUAUGAUUCAAGGAAAGGUCCACGUUCAAGUAGUGUAUGUAGUUGCAACACUACAAAAUUAGGAAGGAAACGUGAUAAAAGACCAAAAUGGUUGGCAAAACAAUGGCCUUGUUUCUAUCAUGAUCGCGAGGGUCAUCGUUCAACGCACUCGAUGGCGAGUACACAAGAUAUCGCAACGCGAGGAGGUAGUUUAGCUAGCAGCAGAGGAUACAUGGACAUCGUUGGAAAUGGAUCCAACGUGGUAUCGAUGGAUAAUAAUCAUAAAAACAUUAUGAAUCAUACUUCACCCCUUUGUAGUAAAUACACGGAUCAAUCUUUACUUUCAUUUACCUCAAACGUGUCCGAAUAUUCCACAAAUGCGGACAAAAUUUGUGAACGGCAUAGAUGGAGUGAUUCAGAAUGUUGUCAGCUUGCAUAUGAAUUACAUAAUCUUCAACAUCAAACGUAUCACUGACAAACAGUAUGAAAUUUGUAUGCGUUAAGAAUAAUAUUUGAAAGAAACACGUUUAUUAAUUUCCAUCUGAUCUCGCGAAGUACGUUUUUAAUGUAAAAUAUAAUAUCUAUGUUACGUUCCUCGGUAAUAAAUUGAUUUUGUAAUGAGAGUAUGAUUCCGUCGGAUUUAUUGUAAUGAAAAGAUAAAAGAAAAAGAAAAUAUUAUUAAAAAUUAAUAUUAUCAAUUGAACUAACAAAUAUU